ACCACCCACUGAAGCCAAGGCAUGUGAAACUGCUGUCCACUAAAAUGGGCCUGAAGGUCACGUGGGACCCUCCCAAGGACGCAGCCAGUAGACCGGUGGAGCAGUACAACAUUGCCUAUGGGAAGUCACUGAAAGGCCUUAAAUACAUCAAGGUGAAUGCGGAGACGCGCUCCUUCCUUAUUGAGGACGUGGAGCCGGGGGUAGUAUACUUUGUGCUGGUCACCGCAGAAAACCGCAGUGGAGUGAGCCGACCCGUGUACAGAGCGGAGAGCCCACCCGGAGGUGAAUGGAUCGAGAUUGAUGGUUUUCCCAUUAAGGGUCCAGGACCAUUUAAUGAAACCGUCACAGAAAAGGAAGUGCCCAACAAGCCCCUCCGCAUGCGUGUCCGAUCCUCAGACGACCGGCUGUCCGUCGCGUGGAAGGCGCCACGCCUGUCUGGAGCCAAGAGUCCACGCAGAUCGCGAGGAUUUCUUCUGGGCUAUGGGGAGAGUGGCCGGAAGAUGAAUUAUGUGCCACUGUCAAAAGAUGAGCGAACACAUGAAAUUAAAAAGCUGGCCUCGGAGUCGGUGUACGUGGUCUCUCUGCAGUCCAUGAACUCCCGGGGACAGAGCCAGCCUGUCUACAGGGCAGCCCUCACGAAGCGGAAGAUCUCAGAGGAGAAUGAACUGGACAUUCCUGAGGACAUCACUGUCCGUGUUAUAUCGUCUCAGUCUGUGCUGGUAGCCUGGGUGGACCCUGUUCUGGAAAAACAGAAGAAAGUUGUCGCAUCAAGACAGUACACGGUGCGCUAUCGGGAGAAGGGCGAGGCGGCCAGGUGGGAUUACAAGCAGAUCGCCAACAGGCGCGUGCUGGUGGAAAAUCUGAUCCCCGACACCAUGUACGAGUUCGCGGUCCGCAUUUCUCAGGGCGAGCGGGAUGGCUCGUGGAGCACAUCUGUCUUCCAGAGAACUCCAGAAUCUGCUCCUACCGCGGCUCCUGAGAACCUCAGGGUGUGGCCAGUGAGUGGCACACCCACAGCCGUCACCGUGGCUUGGGAUGCUCUCCCCGAGACAGAGGGAAAAGUGAAAGAAUACAUUCUCUCAUACGCCCCGGCUCUCCAGCCGUUUGGAGCAAAGUCCCUCACCUACUCUGGAGAGACCACGUCUGCCCUCGUGGAUGGUCUUCAGCCUGGGCAGCGCUAUCUUUUCAAAAUCCGAGCGGCAAACAGGAGAGGACCCGGGCCUCACUCCAAAGCCUUCAUUGUCGCUGUGCCAGCAACCAGCACGAGUGAGUCAGAUGCUGGACAGAAAGCAGACACUGAAAAUCAGUGGAAACCUGAAAAGCCCGCUUCUCCUCCAGGCAGAAAUAUCAAGAACCCCCUUCUUGAUUUGAAGAACAAAAUACUGAUUAAUGGUGGGGUACCCAGAAAACCCCAGCUUCGGCCUAAGGUUAGGGCAGAAGGCUUAGAUCUUCAGUCCACAGAAAUCACCAACGAGGAGAGGCUGGGUUCCCCGGGUUCCCCACCGACCACGCCCAGGGGCACCCUACUCCAGAAGCCACCAAGUAGAUCUGACCCCUCUGCCCUUGACCCUGGAAGGACUCCAGCGAGAGGCCGGCCCCCAGUGGUGUCCAGGAAGGAAGGCAUGGACACGCACGGCCCCCCGCUGGUCUCCCACCCUCGUUCAGGACAACCCGCCUCCUCUGGCCCCCACGCCCGCGUGGAGGGCAGUGCUCACCGCCCCUCGGGGAACCCCUCUGCCAACCUGCCUGCCGGCGUGGCUGACAAUGACUCGCUGGACCGAGAGGAGAAAGAGCCAGGCGCCAGCUCCCACCACCCCAAGGACACUGCCCCUCCACAGCCUCCCAAGCUGGCCGUCCACUCCCGGCCGGCCCUGCGAGACCGGAGCCAGGGGUACCACAGUGCGAGGCCAGCCUUGCCGGCUCGCAGGACGCCCUCUGCCAGGAAUGGAGAGGACAAGCCCAGUGCUCCGGCCCUCCCCUCAAGACUGUCUCCAGCCCAGGGGUCAUCCCGGCUGCCGCCCACGCAACCGCACCCCCGGGCUCCACUCACAGGGGGUGGGAAGGACGGCCACCACACCCCAGGCGCCUCCUCGGCACCCCCGCGUCUGUCCUCCAUGACACGGGCCUCGGAGGGAGCAGGCGCCUCCCACGGCGCCGCAGACGGUAAAGGGAGGCCAGCAGAGGCCACGGCCUCGACGCUUCGGGCCCGGCUGCCCGCAGGCCCGCCUGCCUCUGGACAUGUCAGUGUACCCAGAAACAGGCCCUUCGCUGCCCACGGCAGGUAUCCAAACAGGUUUGGCAACGGCCGAGGACUUCGGCUACAGCCCUCUAGCUCCCCACAGUCCACCGUGCCCACCAGGGUUCACUCAAGGGCGAAUUCUCCUCCAGCUUCCGACCACCAGCGUGGCUCUGGUGUCCAUGGAGACGGCGAAACGAGGGACACGGAAGACGAAAUGCCACUUCCGGCCACCAUGGUGCUGGACCACGGGUCUUCCUCCGCCAGCCAGCCUGCCUUCCGGGGCCAGGACCCGCCCAGAAGGGGCCUUCAGAGAGGAACGAGCCUCCAACAGAAGGAACCCCUCACAGAGAACCCCAAAUUGGCUGGGACUUGGGCUGGUGCGCAUUCGCAUUCUGGGGGCAAAUCUCUACCCCCAAAGGCACAGGAUGCUCAACAGAGCACAGAGGAGGGCUUGGAGGGCGGGUCUCCCAAAACGCAGUUGUCCCCUGCUCGGUCAUCGGCCACGGGGUCACAGCCCCACCUGGGGUCCAGCGUGCUCCAAGAGAAGACCCCUGGCCAAGGCCUGGCUGUCAGGGCAAGCACCCCCGAAAGGCAGCCGCCCCUGCGGGCCUCCGUGUCAGAGCAACAGCCCCACCGUCCCCGCAGCAAGGAAGGGGGUCACCUGCCUUCCAGAGCCAAGCAUGCGCACCCCCAGGCAGGACACCCACACCCCACAUCACAGGAAAACGCUAACUCCUUCUCUGACCCUUCCACGGCUGCCGGCGGCAGGUACCCUCUGACGGCGAGCUCCCGAGGGGUGCUCCCUGCGUCUCCCCAGAACCAGAACAGUCAUUCUGAGGGCAGACCUGGAGGGAGCCACGAGGACAGCACAGACACAGAGGCUGGGGGUGCCCGAGCGCCCUCCCCUGCGGCCAGUGCCAAGGACGCCACCGGGUCGCUUUCCAAGUACCACCUGGUGGAGGGGGACAGCGGUGACCUCCGCAGGCCGCCAGGCUCCUCCCUGCGGCCAGGCCAGCCCAGCAUCCCCCACCCCUAUGCCCGCCCGAGGUUCCCGGGCAGAGCAGGACCCCAGGCGGCGGGGAAGAAGGACGGGGCGUUCCAGGCCACGCCAUCCAAAAGGGGGCCCCUGACGUCAAAAUCUCCGCAGUCGGUCUCUGCCGAAAAGGAGGAUGAAGACGCGGCGUUUCAUAAAGGAGGGAAGGACAAGGACUCUCCGGCUUCCUCGGGUCCAAAGUGGCUCCCGUCCUCCCUCCCUGGCAGCAGCAAACUUGCAAGUGGUGAUGGGGAGCUCGCUCCUCCCAGAGAAGGGCCCCCCCGAAAAGAGAACGCCUCUCCCUUGGCGCGUCCUGCUCCUCACCUCCUCCCGCGACAGCCCACUCGCAGUCCUGCCUCCCCGAGUCCGGCCGCGGGCACCCCGGCCCGCCCGGGGUACACCACCCGCGCGCCCCAGCUCUUUUCCUCCACCACCCCGAUGCUGUCGCUGCGCCAGCGCAUGAUGAACUCGCGGUUCCGGAACCCUCUGUCGCGGGCACCGGUGAAACCUCCUCUCCGACAAGGUUAUAAUGGCAGACCCAAUGUAGAAGGGAAGGUACUUCCUGAUAGUAAUGGAAAACCGAAUGGACAAAGAAUUAUCAAUGGCCCUCAAGGAACAAAGUGGGUGGUGGAUCUCGAUCGUGGGUUAGUAUUGAACGCAGAAGGAAGGUUCCUCCAAGAUUCCCAUGGAAACCCUCUGCGGGUUAAGCUGGGAGGAGAUGGUCGGACCAUCGUGGAUCUGGGAGGGACCCCUGUGGUGAGCCCUGACGGCCUCCCCCUCUUUGGGCAGGGGCGUCAUGGCAAACCUGUGGCCAGUGCCCAGGAUAAACCCAUUUUGAGCCUGGGAGGGAAGCCCCUGGUGGGCUUGGAAGUUGUCAAGACAACCACCCGUGCUCCCACCACCACCGCAAGACCCACCACCGCAAGACCCACCACCACCACAACUACCCCAAAACCGACCACCACGACUACCCCAAAACCGACCACCACGACUACUCCAAAACCGACCACCACGACUACCCCAAAACCGACCACCACAACUACCCGCAAGCCCACCACCACGACUACCCGAAAGCCCACCACAACUACCCCAAAACCGACCACCACGACUACCCGCAAGCCCACCACCUCCACCCCACUGUCCACCACCACCACCACCACUGGCCGCACCUUCAAUGCCCGCCGCCUGACCACCCCCAGGACCAUUAGGAAAACAACCACCACCCCCCCAGUGCCUACCUGUCCGCCUGGGACCCUACAACAGAACGAUGAAGAUGGCAACCUGAUCUUGGGCUCCAGCGGCACCCCCAGGUGCUACCCUGAAGAAGAAGACUUCUCCGGAAAAGACCCAGACUUGUUCCCACCCACAGAAGAGGCCUACGUGGUCUACGAUGAAGAUUAUGAGUUUGAGAGCUCGAGGCCACCGGCCACCAGCAGGCCCUCCACCUCGGCUGCCGUGCCCAGGAUCAUCCCUCCAGAAGGUUCUGUGAGUUCCUUUCCUGAAGAAGAAUUCGAUCUGGCCGGAAAGAAGCGAUUUAUUGCCCCCCAUGUGACGUACCUCAGUAAGGACCCCGCGACCCCGUGCUCCCUGACCGACGCACUGGAUCACUUCCAAGUGGAAAGCCUGGAUGAAAUCAUCCCGAAUGACCUGACGAAGACCGACCGGCCCCCUCAGCAUGCUCCGCGGAACAUCACCGUGGUGGCCAUGGAAGGGUGCCACUCGUUUGUCAUUGUGGACUGGGACAAAACCACUCCGGGAGACGUGGUCACAGGCUACCUGGUCUACAGCGCCUCCUACGAAGACUUCAUCAGGAACAAGUGGUCCACGCAGGCCUCCUCGGUGACGCAUCUGCCCAUCGAGAACCUGAAGCCGAACACACGGUAUUACUUUAAGGUUCAAGCCAAAAAUCCUCAUGGUUAUGGACCCGUCAGCCCCUCGGUCUCUUUUGUUACAGAAUCAGAUAAUCCACUGCUUGUUGUGAGGCCGCCAGGUGGUGAGCCCAUCUGGAUCCCAUUUGCUUUCAAACACGACCCUGGCCACACCGACUGCCACGGAAGGCAAUACGUGAAGCGGACGUGGUACAGAAAGUUUGUGGGAGUCGUUCUUUGCAAUUCACUGAGGUACAAGAUCUACCUCAGUGACAACCUGAAAGAUACAUUCUACAGCAUCGGUGACAGCUGGGGGAGAGGUGAAGACCAUUGCCAAUUUGUGGACUCUCACCUUGAUGGAAGGACAGGGCCUCAUUCCUACCUAGAAAAUCUCCCUAACAUUCCAGGCUAUCAUCGCCAGUACCGCCAGGAGCCCGUCAGCUUUGGCAACAUUGGCUUUGGGACCCCUUACUACUAUGUGGGCUGGUACGAGUGUGGAGUCUCCAUUCCUGGCAAGUGGUAACCACAGAAGGACCUAGUGAAUGUUCGCCCUCCCCGGUCCCUGACUAACUUGCACUAGGGGGUGUGAGCAGGACAAGAAAGACUGUCCCAAGCCUCCACCCAGCCUCAGCUGUCAGUCACAUGAUGGACACUGGACCUUUUGGGCAUCUUCUGUCUGGAACUCAGUCCUACUUCCCAGCCUGGACUUCACACAGAUUCAUUGUUAGUUGCUGGUAACUUUGCUUCUCUUGUUUUGCUUCAGGCAGCAGAAGCACAUAGGAGGUGCCUCUGAUUCCGUGCAGUUUUCACCCUUUCUAUGGACAAAAUUCACAUGCUGUGCUGUGCUGGCUUCAUGGAAGGCAGCACGCUUCCUCCUUUCUCACUGGGCUCCUCCGACACACUGAACUCACCUUCCGGGUUCUUUGUGCGCUGUAGAACUAAAUAAGUCACAGCACCACCAAAGGAAACAUAGCCCUUCAGGUGUGCCCCAUGGACUUGCUCACAGCUAGACCAAAUGUAUCAGAUCCAAUUUGUAAAUUCUCAAUAUUGAUAUAUAUAUAUAUGUAUAUAUGCAUAUACACAUCCACACUUGUCUGCAAAACAUUGAUUAAAAUUGCUC